CGCAUGCGCGUUACAGCGACUGUAGUAUUAUUAUUAUUACUGACCCGAGCAGUAUGUAAACUGCGCAUAGGGGGUGGCCUGUCAAGAAACAUUGGACUGCAAGCCCAUAGGUGGGUUAACAGAGAAAUGCAUAGCGGUGCAAAUAAACAAGGAUCAAAUCUGACUGACACCAAAUGCUCUGCCCUAAAGCUUCACUCGGCUUUCUUCUGAUUACUAUUCCAGUGCAGCUGGCCAGCAGUGUUGGAUAAUACCGGCCUGUGCGUUGUCUUCUGCACAGACUGUCGCGUUUCACGUCACUUUUCAUUGAACUCUACUUAUGCACGUGGCUUUAGAAGUCUGCCUUAACUGUCCGACUGAUGAAAGUAAAUAUGAGCGCCGCGGUUUAUGUUAUAUCCACGGUUAGCGGAUACGUGCUCACCUCGGCGUUACUGCUCAAGUGUCCGUCUCUGCUGCAUCGGCGAAAGAAAGAAGCCUUCCGGAGCAGACACAUCUCACACCGCGGCGGAGCUGGUGAGAACUUGGAGAACACGAUGGCAGCCUUCAGGCAUGCUGUUCAACUGGGCACUGACAUGUUGGAGCUGGACUGUCAUUUAACCAAGGAUGAGCAGGUCGUGGUGUUGCACGAUUCCAACCUGAAGCGGUCGACUGGAAUUAAUGCAUGCAUUUCAGAUGUGGCUUAUGCUGAUCUUCCACCUUACCUUUGUAAGCUUAGGGUGUCUUUCAAACGAGAGUGCUACUGUGAAGGAGGAGAUGACAAACGCAUCCCUCUGCUGAGAGACGUGUUUGAAGCUUUCCCAAACACCCCUGUAAACAUCGACAUCAAGGUCAACAAUGACACGCUCAUCAAGAAGGUGUCCGAGCUGGUUGUCCGAUACAACAGGGAGCAUCUGACCGUCUGGGGAAACUCCAGAAACGAAAUCGUAAAGAAAUGUUACACCGAGAACCCACAAAUCCCAGUCUUUUUCAGUUUGCCCAGAGUGCUGCUGUUACUCGGUCUUUUCUACACAGGCCUCCUGCCCUUCGUCCCGCUUAAGGAACAAUUCCUGGAGAUUCCCAUGCCUUCAAUCAUUUCCAAACUCAAAGACCCUGAGCGUCAGACACAGAGUCAGCGUUUUAUAACAUGGCUGGCAGACACGCUCCUCAUGAGAAAAGCAUUAUUCGAUCAUCUGACGAGCAGAGGAAUACAGGUGUACGUCUGGGUGUUGAACGACGAGGAGGACUUUAAACGUGCCUUUGACCUUGGGGCUACAGGGAUUAUGACAGACUACCCCACCAAACUAAAGGAGUUUAUAGAGAAAAACAACUACACUUUUAAAUAAGACUUGUCGGCCAAAGUAACCAAUCAAUAUGCUUUUCCACUGACCUUUGGCUUCUAAAUGUGUCUUUUAAUUACCCAACAUCCUUUGCUGUUUAUGUCUUUAAGUGUAGAGAGUUAGCUAUCAGUUCUGCAUUCAUCUGAAAUCAGCGUCAGAGCCAUUUUAAACCAAACAGGUUGACAUGAAAUACUUCUGAUGCUUUAAGUUCAUAGCAAUAGAUGUUAUCCAUAAAAAAAAAGGAAUGUUCAAAAGAGGUUAAGGUUAUGAUGAGUUAUCAAUCAUAUUGGGAUGGUGUCAUGAUCAUCAUGACAUUUCUGUUAAGUUUCUCUACAGGCACUUUCAAUGUAUUGUUAGUACAAUUUGAGGAUGUAAAUUGCACCGUUACUUACAAAUAUCUUCCACACUCUUUUAAGGAAACACAGGAUGCAUUCAGAACUGACAUGACAGUAACUCACUUCUAAACAGAAAUGAAUCUGAAGUCUUUUAGAUAAUUAAGCCUUUGUGGAGUUCAAAUGUUUCCCUCUUUUGUGAAGUGUAUACAGAUACAGUAACUCUUAGCUUCGUGUUGUGUUUAAGUUUCUGGUUCAUAUUUUCUCCAGGCCACUUUUAUUGGUGGUGUAUAAAUUAAUAUGUAAAUUAUAGUACUGUAAUUCAAAGAUUGAUUAUUAUAGAGAAUUUUUGGUAUCAAAAGCACAGUUCUGUUAGGAUUUGUGAAUACACUGCCAUUAAAUAUAUUUUAUAAAUUAA